CCACACAGAGUAACGACAAUGAUGUUAAUGAAGGGUGGUAAAACAUCCGAAAAAUGGAAAAAAUACCCAGUUAGAAUAAUAGGAACAUUUGAUUCCUAUGAAACUGCCGCAGCAAAAGAAAUCCAAAUAUAUAUGUCUGAAUCAGAUAACGAUGAAGACAUUUUGAGGCGAGGGAAAAGGUUAAAGGUUGAUAAUACAAAAAAUACUCAAUCGUUGGAUUUUAAUAAUGACAGUCGCAACUCAAGCCAAGAAGAAUUUGUUCCUAUGGGUGUUUAUAAAAAUUCAGUUUCUGUUAAUGGUGAAACAUCAAAUUCUAUUAUGUCUUGUAGUAAUUAUAAUAACAUUAUAUCGACUGAUUAUAAAGCAUUAUGUGGUGCUGUUGAAUCUUCAUUAAAUUGUACUUCGUUGCUAAGUGGAAAUCAUUUUGACAAUACCACUACUACUACUAUUCAAGAUAUAACACCAUCUACAAUGCAGCUGAUUGGUGAUAAUUUUGAAAAUGACACUGCUGUGAGUCAAAAUAUAAGUACAUCUAUACUGCAGCUGAUCGGCGAUAAUUUUGAUAAUGACACUGCUGCGAGUCAAAAUCUGAUACCUACUACACCCCACUUAACCACUUGUAGUGAAUUUUGUAAUGCUACAAAUAUGUACCUAAAUAGAUUAGACAAAAAGUUGGAUCUUAUUUUAGAACGUUUGAACUAUAGUUCAUACAGUGCACGUAUUCCAGUAGACUCUGAUUUUUUGAAUAAUUUUCCAAUGAAAGAUAUUAAUAGUUUAAAAGAAAUAAAAGAAAACAUUAAGAGUGAAGAUUAUAAAACUAAAAUGAAAAAUUUGAUAUCUUCAAUUGGUGGUACAAGUAUUAAAAAUUUUAUGAAGAGAGUACUUGGUCGAUUAUUCAGUAACCAGUUGGCAUCGGAAUGUUCUUGGUCUGGUUUUAAAAAUAAUUUCAGACUUGAUAAUCUGGCACUUAUAAUGCUUGUUAAAGUAGGAGCUUGUCUGGUUUGCCACAUAAGGAUUACCCGGGUACCUCUGACCCAAAGUACAUUUUAA